AUGCCUGGCAUCCCAAGUCUAACGGCUAUCACAAAGUCCAUCGCAGACUUCCAUGAAGCUAUCUGGCAGUCGGAGCAGCCACAGCAGCCCCUUGACGAAGAAAUCCAAGAAGCCCUUGUUCACCUCAGAACGAACCCGACUAUCCUCCCCCCUGUGCAGUUUCCCAAGCGCAACCCUCCCGUUGUUUACCACCGUUCCAUCAGAACGCAAGACAUCUACCAAGUCUACCAUACCUACGACCUCAGACGCUUCCACAAGAUCUACUUCCCCAACCGCCAGGUUAUCGACAAGGCAAUUGUACGCGGCCGCACCAACACUCUACAGGGACUCCACUGGAUGUUCCGCCUUGCUGAAGCCUACUUCAAAUCAGAGAGACUCGUCAUCAAGAUCACCCGCUCGCGCGUCCGCCAAUGGCGCUGUAAAAAGCCGAUCGCGGCAGAGGAGAUUCAGAAGCGCAUCAAGCUUGAGGCCGAAGAGGAAAGGAAAGGCAGCUACGACUUUGCAGUAGACAAGAGCGCACGCAAGGAAUACAUUCUCUCCACGGCCGGCGUGCCCAACGAAUGGCAAAUGUUUCUGGAGGAUCGCAAGAAGGCUCGCUACGACUUUGACCUGCCGCAGUGGGAGGACGACUUUACGACAGGCGACGAUCAUGAUGACCAAGACGCCAAGGGGUGCCCCGUGACAGCCCUCCGCGAGAAGUGGUUUACGGGCGACUUUGAUGAGGCCCUGGUGGUGGAUGGCCUGGACAUGGUCAUCUCGACCUGCGACUGCCUGUGGAAUACUGAGGGUAUCGGCAGGAUCAUAGACGUGAAUGAUCCCCAGCCAUGCUACGAGAAGUUCAAGCUGCGCUGCGGGGGUUGCAAGUUUGUUCGAGCUGAGCCUGUAGACUGA